AUGAAGCUAGACUCAAUAAUCCUUGGCAUAAUCUCUACAGCAAUAGGCGUUGUCCAAGGCGCGUCUCUUGUAUACGAUGCUAAUCUUGACAGGAUGUUGAAAUUUUUGCUCAAGAGUAUUGCUAUUUAUGUGCGUGUAUCUCAUAAAGGAAGAUCCUUGAUUUUCUUCUGCAAUUUUGAAAGCCAGGACAUUAACAUAAAAUGUGGAAAUCUGAUUCAACCCGCCAAGCAGGUCUUUGACGCCUGUACUAUAGGCAACAGCUACAACUACGGUUACGUUGCUCGAAGCAUCGUUGAUGGGCCUCAGAACGUCUCAUAUUUGGUGGUUAUUGGCGAUGAUUAUGCUUUUGCACCCUAG